AUGCCUCUUAAGCUCUUUUCCAACUUACCUCAGUUGAGUGAGGAAAGGAUCAUUGCCACAUUCUGGAGAGCUUUUCUUACUAGAGCCUGCACACAGGAUCUCAUUGGGAAUCCAGCCAUUUCCUACAAUUCUCUGAGAGUUGGGGAUUACCUGCUUCAUUCUCUGAAUGAGUCUUUUAAGAAUUCCAUUGAAUAUGGAUCUCUAUAUGAGAGGAUCAAAGAUCUCUUCUUUCCUAAAGAGAGGGAUGGUUUUGACCCUCUUUAUUGCCUCCUCGAGAUCAGAAGAGAUUCUUCUUCUAUUAUCCUUCCAGUUAGAAGGGCUAAUAAACCGGGAAAGAAUAUCCCAUAUAUCUCUCUCGAUUAUGAGCAGGUCACAGAGUCGGGGAUGAAUCUACUCAACUUCGCUCUCAUACCAGUGGAAAAACCACCACAACGACAGGUAGAACCUGUAAGCAUUAGAAAUCUUUCCAUAUCUAUAUGGGGGGGCUUGGAUGGUGAGCAAAAAGAAUUGAUCAAGAAGUUGGUAAACUUUCGCAUGAAAGAAGGUAAAAGAACGAGAGUUCGUGCUAUUGUUUAUCAAACUUUGAAUCGCCCAGCUCAAACUGAAGGCGAUGGAAUCAAACUGAUGGUUGAGGCCGUAGAGAAUAUAAAGCCCAUAUGCGAAGUCGAAAAAGUAGGAGUAGCAGGUACUAUUUAUGAUGUCCCUGGGAUUGUAGCCAGGGAUCGUCAACAAACCUUAGCUAUUCGUUGGAUCCUUGAAGCAGCUUUCAAACGACGUAUAAGCUACAGGAUAAGCUUAGAGAAAUGUUCAUUUGCUGAGAUACUGGAUGCUUACCGAAAGAGGGGAAUUGCACGUAAGAAAAGAGAGAAUCUUCAUAGACUGGCUUCCACCAAUCGAAGUUUCGCGCAUUUCAGAUGGUGGUAAAGUAGAGACCACAUAAUAGAUAAUAGAAUAUUUAUUCCUCAUUCAGUCAGAUUAUGAAGUCAGAUAUGCUUUGACCCAGCCUCCGCCUUCUGAUAUUUGGAGUCUGAAUAUAGAAAGCCAGCCUUCCUCAUACUCCUCCCUUCAUUCAUUAUUCAUUGAGUUGGAGGAUAGGCUUGAUGAAGGAGGCCCGCCCCUUAUGCAUUGCAUGAAAGAACCGAACUUUGUAUGACUUCUCUUUUGCCUCAGGAAAAAUGAAUACGAAAGGGAGAUCAAUCAAAAAAGAGGCCAUGAAUUCAGAAGUAGUGGGCCUUUCACCCUCUUUCUAGUGACUCGGGGAGCUGAUCUGAGAAAUGCACUUCAAUAAAAAAAAAGAAAAGAAAA